CCAACCUUUGCCAAUACUGUUUAAUUCGUUACUGUAUCCUUGCUGCAAGGUAUACAACACAUGUGACGAGACCGGGGAAGGGAGGAGGGAGCUUCUGUAUUGUAGCGCCCCAAGGCGAUGCUUCUAGUCAAUAUAUAUCUCCCACACACUCGCUCUCGCGCUCCCAUUUGAGCGGGAUAUGCGCUGUGUGCUUGGUCUUGCUGGACACAAAGAAUUGACAGACACCACAGACCCACACCAGAAACGUUGUCUUUUUUCAAGUUGACAAGUUUGCCGCAAGCAACCAUCUUAGCUUGAAGAAACUCGAAGAAUCUUCAUUAACGAAUAUAGAAAUGUACUAAAUCCAGCCAGGAGAGGACCAAGCGACUGCAUCUCUAUAGCCCCAUCUCUCCAAGACCUCCACACACGUUCUCCUCAGAAUACCCUGCACUGUGAGGAAUAAAUAACUCCCCAUCAUGUCCAAGGAGGACCACGCGUGCAAGGUGACCUCCGUGUGCAAACACAAGGAGCGCAAGCCCAAGAAGCCCCACUACAUCCCGCGGCCGUGGGGCAAACCUUACAACUAUAAGUGCUUCCAGUGCCCCUUCACAUGCAUGGAGAAGUCCCAUCUGUACAACCACAUGAAGUACAGCCUGUGCAAGAACUCCCUGUCUCUGCUCAUCGAGUCCGACUGGCCCUAUAAGAAGGGCAACUUGCUGCACCCAGACCAGCUCCGGCCACUUCAGCAGGCACACUGCCUCCGGACCGCAGCCGGGAAAGAGGAGCCCGGGCCAGCCUCGGGGACCGAGGAGAGGCCCCGUCAACGGUGUGCGGUGGAGGAGGAAGGAGACGAAAGGCAGAGCCUCGGAGGGGAGGAGGACGAGGAGGAGGAGAGCAGACAGGGAGAGGGGGCCAGAGAAAGCUCCAAAAGCAGGGAGUCAUCAGAAAGGGCGACCAAGAGAACCAGUAAACGUCCCGAGACGGAUCUGCUAAUGGCCGAUAUGUUCUCCCUGGAGGACCAGCUUCUCCGGGCCCGAUCGGUGGAAGUGGAAGCCCAACUGAAGCACUAUAAGCUGCCUAAGACAUGCCUGACGGCCCCUGGGCUGCUGUCGGAACAGUGGCGCCUGCUGGCCAACAACAAUAACAAGGCCAAGGCAGAGGGCACCCAGCCCAGAGUGGGCAGCACAAUCCCCUGCUACCCUCCUCCACCUGGCCUGGUGGACUACCAGGACCCCACAGCACUCAACCUGUCUGUCCUUGGGGUUGGUUACCCCCUGAGCCCCAGCCUCUUCUCCUAUAUGAACUCAAUGAACGCGAUCCCCACCGUCGGCACUAAUGUAAACGGGGCAACUCACGCGCAACUCGCCCAGCUGCCUUUCCUGGCAUCGGCCGCUCAGCUCAUGCACCCGGCGUCCAGUGCACAUCACCCGGCCAACCGCAGCCUCCUACCGCCCCAGUUCUACUACCCCUUCCUCUGUGAACAUGCCUUCGGAGCAUCAUCGGCUCAUAGCGACUUCAACAAGGGGCUGAAGACCUCAGAGAGCAGCCUGGAGCCCAAUCCCAGCUACCAGCCGAAAGUCAACCUGUGGAAGGUGCCUGCUCUAAGGCCAGGUGCCACCUCUCCUGCCGGCUGGGUGUCCCAGCAGCGAGAAUCACCAGACCCGUCUAACAGGGCAGGGGACAAGCUCCAGCCAGCAGCCAAGGAUGGGAAACCAAGCUGGGGCCUCAAAAGAACCGGGGCCCCCUUGGGGAACCACAAGUCCCCUCCGGAGAAGAAGCCAGCCCUUGGGUUUACCCUUGACCUCCUCAAGAACAUUCAGAACACCACCCCCAUCUCCAUGGCAACCGAAAAGCUUCUCCUUCACAGCAGUUUUACGAAUGCUCAGUCACAGUCCCAUCUGGCAGAGCAGUGGUACACCGAUUCCCCCGCCAGCCCAGUCAGUCAGUCGCCUUCUCCUACACGCUGCGGGAGACCCAGCAGCAGGGACUCCGGCACUGGCCGAGGGAUAGAGGACGCGUCCCCAGAACCAGAAUCAGCCACUGCCCUCCUCAGCCACCUCUCCAAGGCCCUGCAGGAGUACCAGGAGGCUGAACGCAAGAUCUCCCACCUGGAGAAAGAGGACCUCCCAGCUCAGGGACACCUAUGGGAACACCUGAACAAGAUCCGCAGCGAGCUCUCCCACAUCCACCAUGCACUGGAGAGGACGGCCCGGCAGAGCGAAGGACCCCUGGACCUCUCGGUCAAGAAGGAACAAACCGGAGUGACCGAAGUGGUCGCAACCGGCGACCACGGCCUCCCGGGAGCCUCCCUUAAAGACGACCUCACCACGGAGACAGAGGAGGAGGAGGAGGAGGAGGAGGAGAGGGACGAAGAGGAGGAGGAAAACGAGAGGAGGAAGGAGGAGAUGAAGGCUUCGUUGGAGAGUCGCAAGCAGUCAUUGGACGUGCUGAUCAAGAUGAGCCAGGCGGGGGUGCAGAUAGUAAAGUCGGAGGUCCUAUCACCAGGGGGGUUGGGGUUCAGAUCCAGCCAGGCGGAGGGACUCUGGCCGGGAAGAACCACCAAAUGUGAGGCCGACUCCAGCGUGCUGCUUUGCCCCGAUGGACGGCCUAUCACAGUCUUCAAUGACUUCCACAUGUCCUCCAAAAACUCCAAAAGGCCCGUGCCCAUCCAGCGACUAGGGGAGACACAAUGUCCAUCCAGCCCGCCGAUGGCAACAGACUCCUAAACCUCGUGAUACUUGAUCUCCCUGCUUGCCGCAUUCCUGUAAGCCCUGUGGUAGCAACACAGAAGCACUACUUCCUUUUGUUUGUGCACUGCGUGUUCGUCUGGACACACGGGGCUGGUUUUGCUGACACAGAUUACAUUUAGGCUAGGACUACGAAAUCUGCGUCAAUGGAGAACUCUUGUUUUGUUCCUAGCCUAGGCUUGAUCUUUGUGUGUGAAAAGCUGUCUCCGUGUGUCCUGAUGAUCACUCUCCACUCACCACUAACGUCAUCUUACAGCACCACCCCCCUAUCCGCACAAUGACCACAGAGCUUAGCACCUUAAAUGAAUGAAGUGGAGACCGAAGAGAACUGACAAAUGCACUAAAGACUAGUCCCCUCCAACAUUUCUCCCCUUUAAAAUGUUGAUACAAGAUUAUCAAGGGGGGGGGGGGGUAUUCUAAUGGUCAAUAGGGUUGGUUAAAAGACUUGCACAUAAAAGAAAGACACAGAACACAUGAAUAUGAAAAUAAUGUUUUAUGUUUCUCUGGUGUGAAUCCUCUUAGAAUUCUGUCACAAGUUGAGACAAUCCCUUGAACUGAUGUGUAUAUAUUGUAAUUUAUUGGAUUGAUGUACUCAAAAUGAAUUAAUAAGUAAAUGUUAUGUUUUAUAUUGUUGGAUGGUCUCAUUGUGUCUGAUUUAACCAUUGCACUCCACAUUUGUAUAAA